AUGGAGAGUGGUUCCAACAGCACUUCUUGUCCAAUGGCUUUUGCCGGGGAUAAUAGUGAUGGUCCGAUGUGUCCUAUGAUGAUGAUGAUGAUGCCCGUCAUAACAUCACAUCAACAACAUCAUGGUCAUGAUCAACAACAUCAACAUCAACAACAACAUGAUGGUUAUGCAUAUCAGUCACACCACCAACAAAGUAGCUCCCUUUUUCUUCAAUCACUAACUCCUCCGUCUCAAGAAGCGAAGAACAAAGUUACAUCUUCUUGUUCUCCUUCCUCUGGUGCUCCUGCUUAUUCUUUCAUGGAGAUCAAUCACCAAAACGAACUCCUCGCAGGAGGACUCAAUCCCUGUUCUUCAGCCUCUGUCAAGGCCAAAAUCAUGGGUCAUCCUCACUACCACCGCCUCUUACUCGCCUAUGUCAAUUGCCAGAAGGUGGGAGCUCCACCGGAAGUGCAGGCGAGGCUGGAAGAAACAUGCUCGUCUGCGGCGGCAGCCGCAGCGUCGAUGGGACCCACAGGUUCUUUAGGUGAAGAUCCAGGGCUUGAUCAGUUCAUGGAAGCGUACUGUGAAAUGCUCGUUAAGUACGAGCAAGAACUCUCUAAACCUUUUAAAGAAGCUAUGGUCUUCCUUCAACACGUCGAGUGUCAAUUCAAAUCCCUCUCUCUCUCCUCGCCUUCCUCCUUCUCUGGUUAUGGAGAGGCAGCUAUUGAGAGAAACAACAAUGGGUCAUCUGAGGAAGAAGUCGAUAUGAACAAUGAAUUUGUAGAUCCGCAGGCAGAAGAUAGGGAGCUUAAAGGACAGCUCUUGCGCAAGUACAGUGGUUACUUAGGCAGUCUGAAGCAAGAGUUCAUGAAGAAGAGGAAGAAAGGAAAGCUUCCUAAGGAAGCUCGCCAGCAACUACUUGACUGGUGGAGCCGACACUACAAAUGGCCUUACCCUUCGGAGCAGCAAAAGCUAGCACUAGCGGAAUCAACUGGGCUGGACCAGAAACAGAUAAACAAUUGGUUCAUAAACCAGAGGAAAAGGCACUGGAAACCGUCGGAGGAUAUGCAGUUUGUAGUAAUGGACGCAACACAUCCUCACCAUUACUUUAUGGACAAUGUCAUGGGAAAUCCUUUCCCCAUUGAUCACAUCUCCUCGACCAUGCUUUGA